GCUCCUAUUGGCUCCUACUUUGGCCAACGAAGUGCGAUGUUGUAUGCGGCACUCCUUUCCAUGUGGGAACUGGUAGCUACUACCUUACAACCAAAAAGAAACAUGCUUCGUCGAGAGGUGAGACUGAGGCGGGAGUACUUGUACAGGAAGGCACAAGAAGACAGGCUGCGAACAAUUGAAGAGAAGAAACAGAAGCUGAAGGGUGCUCUCGAUGAAAACUGUCUGCUUCCAACUGAGGUACGCAAAGAUGCACUGCAGCUCCAGAAACUUCUGGAGUAUGAUGAUGGUGGUGCAGAGGGUGUCAGCUCACAUAUGGAUGAUGAGUACAAAUGGGCUGGAGUUGAAGAUCCAAAAGUCCUUGUCACCACCUCCAGAGACCCGAGUUCGAGACUCAAAAUGUUUGCUAAGGAGGUAAAGUUGAUGUUUCCUGCAGCUCAACGCAUGAACAGGGGAAACCAUGAGAUUGCGACACUGGUGCGGGCCUGCAAAGCCAACAACGUGACUGACCUUGUCAUCAUUCAUGAAACCAGAGGACAGCCAGAUGGCCUCGUGGUGUGCCACCUGCCAUUUGGACCCACAGCUUAUUUCACGCUUUAUAAUGUGGUAAUGAGGCACGAUGUCCCAGACAUAGGCACCAUGUCUGAGGCCUACCCCCAUCUCAUCUUUCACAACUUCACCUCACGGCUUGGCAAGCGGGUAUCCAAUAUCCUCAAGUAUCUUUUUCCAGUGCCCAAAGAGGACAGUAGGCGUGUAAUCACAUUUGCCAACCAAGAGGACUUCAUCUCUUUCAGACAUCACACCUACAAAAAAACAGACCACAAGAACAUAGAACUGACAGAAGUGGGGCCCAGAUUUGAAAUGAAAUUAUAUAUGAUCAAGCUGGGCACCCUGGAAAAUGAGGACACAGCAGAUGUUGAGUGGCGACACCACGCAUAUACACACACGUCCAAGAAAAGAAGAUUUCUGAGUGUUCAAUAGGUUCAUAAAUCUUGACUAUAAUCGAACUUUUGGACUUGUGUAUAGAAUGAUUGGAUUUUUUUUUUGUCAGAUGUUUCAUUGGUGAGCUACCAUAAAAGCAAUAUAGUUUUCAUAUGUCCACUGUAGAUGUCAGUAUUUGUCAAGCGAUGAUAUCGGUGUGGACGCACAUCUCUGUUGCACAUAUAAUUCGGUAAAUGUGUUUUUUUUUUUUAAAUAAAAUGCCUCGUCUUGUUUG